GGGGAGAAGACUAGUACGGAUGGACCCAAGCAUCAGUCAUCGCCAAUUGCACAGUCGGACACUAAUGAACCCAGUAACCACACUGAAGUGGAACCUGUGGUAGCACGGGUGGGGGAGGAAACUAAUACGGAUGGACCGGUCGUGGAAGCUCAGGAAGAGCCUACGGAGAAGAGGGAUGCACCGAAUGAUGGCAAACCAGUCUUAGCUGGUGCGGUGAUUGUUGGGUUAACUGUUGGGGUGAUUGGGACAACAAUGGUGAGCCAGGGGCAUGGCCCUGCCAGUGCUGACCGGGAAGACGAUCUAUGUGUUGUAGACACUCACAGCGAUGAUGGCAACGAUCGCCCCGUAGAGUAUCCUAUCGCGAACAACAGGUCAUCUGUGGAUAAGUUGAAGUUACAGGCCUCGUCCAGUAGCGGAGGCGACGAAAGUAGCGACUCUGACUCUGAACAUGAGAGUGUGGGUGUCAAGAAAUCGUCUGGCAAGAAAGCAAAGAAAACCAAAACAGGAGAGAAACCCAAAACAGGAACAGCAGAAAAAACCAAUACUGCAGAGAAAUUCAAAACAGCAAAGAAAAAGAAAAACGCAAAUAUUGAACCAUCGAGCGUGAAAGCCAGUGCAGCUGACACUGUUCUACCCGCAGAAGUGGGUAGGCCAAAGUCGGAGUCUUCGGCUGAUGAGAGCAACAGCGGCGGCGCUACAAGUAGUAGUAGUAGUAGUGGUGACUCAAGCGAGACCAAUGACUCUGAUAGCGACUCGGAUUCUGAUCAGGAGAGUGUAGAUGACAAGAAAUCGGCUGAGAAUAAAACAAAAAAGGCCAAGACAGCAAAGACCACAAAAACAACAAAGAAAGUGGCCAAUGCACACGGUGAAGAAUCGAGCGUGGAAGCAAAGGCGGCUAACACUCUCCUAUCCGCAGAAUCACAACCAAAUGAAGUUGGAGGCGACGAUGUGAGUGCGGCAUUGGGGCACGACGAUGUCCCGCCAGAGGUUAUGCAACACAAUCUGGGCAAAGGAGUUGCGGCAGGGGGUGGCGGGGCGGCUGUAGUUACAGCUACUGCGAACAACGCGAGUGACGAGGCUCCUCAGGCACAGCCAAACGUUGGGCACAGUGGUCGUGACAAUAGUGCACAGGCGGAGUCGGUGGAUGACGCAGGAGAGAUAAAAGACGAGGUGUGUGGUCAGGGGGAUAUUGUACACAGGCGCAGCACAGGCGCCGUUACAAACAACGACGGUGCGGGUACAGCGAGUGACUCGGAUGCCACGUCUCACAAAUCAGACCACAGUAUUCGAAGUGAUCGUGCGACCUCGAACAGCACUAUGAGCACACACCGUGCAAGCAAUAAGAUCGUGAAACGCACCUCGGAUGCGUUGACGGACAGCUCAUCCUCUUCUGACAGCUCAGAUGACGAAGACAUGACGGGGAAGGAUGCCGAGUACAUCCGUAUGAAAGAACACAGACACAACGUGCGGGUAAGACAAUACCGCUCCGAGAUUGUAGCGUUGCGUGCCGAACACGCAGCCAUACAGGCGGCCCGACGGGAGGACUUGAACGUGCAAAAAGACUACACCAGCGAUCUAAGCAGCAGUAGCAGCCGCGACAGCAGCAGUGAUGAGCUCAGCUAUGCCGAGGGACGGAGCUUGGUAGCACGGCUGAGGCGGAAGGUGGCACGUGGGAAGGCUAAGCUGUCAGCAUCUCGCAUGUCCAGAAAGAUGAGCAAGGAAGGCGAGAUCACUCAUGUCGAGUCUGGCGUGCAUCGUACGGAUAGUACCCCCAAAGCGAGUAAGAGCUCAAGCCUGGGGAGUGCCGGUGCAGACACGCACGCUGACGCAGUCAAAGGUGAAGAGAAAAUACAGCUUAGCGAUGGUAAGGUGGUUGCUGUGAGUGCGGUGGACGGGAGGAAGGCUGAUCUGGAAGUGAAGCUCAACCGCGGAGAAAUCAAUGUGCCGUUGGAACGGUACAGUCCGGAUUCAGUGCAAGGCGAACACAAGUAUAAGCCUGCCGGUGUGGUUGUGGUGGGGGCCGUGAAGACGGCUGCGGCCGCCUCCAUUCCUGCUGAUGACUACGUGGAUGUCUCUGAUGUGCCAGAUGGUACCGGCAAUGAAGUUGCUGAUGAUAGAGUGGUUGAUUCUGAUGUGUCCGAUAUAAAUGGUAGUGCAGACGUUUCUGUAGAGUUAAGCGCAGAGGGUGAAGCCGGCCAUUCAACAGAAGAAGUGGUGGAUGCGGAGAAGAACAUUGCGGUCUCUGCGUCACCGUCCGGAUCGCAGACGAAGAGCGAUGGCGAUAUGUGUCCCAAUCCUACCAAAAUGGACGGGGUGGACGUAGAGGUAUUGCGUGUGGCUAUCGCGAAGCUGCAGGUUGAGUACCGGGCUAUCCAGGUGACACUCGACGAGUAUGAGCAGAUGGAGGAUGAGUACUUGGAAGCGAUGAACAGCUGUGGUGAUAACGGAGACGAAGCCUCGCGCUUGACUGAGCUGGCACAGAAGUUGAAACGGUUGAUGCUGGGAGCGAAAGCGCGGCUUAUGGGAUCGAAUGGUGGUAGGCAGUCGAUACCUGCGCGUAAGGGUGUGGACCAUCACAGUGAGGAUAGGGAGGCAGAUGAGGUGUCGCAUCGAGCGGAGGGAGUCGCAGUGGGUGUGGGUGCCACUAUAGUGGCUGGGGCGGUGUCGGCACAGAAGCACCAUGGCACUGACCAGCGCAAUGGGAAGACCAAAGAAACACGCAGCACCGAACAGCAGACGGAUACAGCUGCGAACACUCAGAAUGGGGUAACGGGACGGAGUGAUAAGGACAAGAGGGAUUCGCCUGUGCAAGGGCACGUUAAGGAGAACGUGGAGGCUGUGACUGGCGACCUCAAGGGCGUGGCCAGCGACAGCAAGAUUAGUCCGUCUGAAAUGCUCGUGCAUGUGAUGAGUGGCCUGGAGGAUGUGCCGGUGAUGGAUGCGGAGACCGAGACCAAUCUGAGAGACUCGUCGCCGCCGUUUGAGCGCCUUGAUCUGAUGGCGUAUGAGAAUAGCACCGCAGGCACACCCUCCCCUCAGACUCAGGAUGUAGCCGAAAUCGGAGCCAUGGUGGACUCGUUGCGGACGGAACACAACAAGCUCCUGGCGUCACAGGCACGGUUCUGCGAGGAUGUGAGUGAACUGCAGGCCACGGAACAGGUGCAAAUCGAGACAGGUAGCUUCUGCAGCAACACUGACAGCGGUACGGAAAAAACACUGGAGCGACGGCGAGACCAGCUGAAGCGCAAGAUCGCACGUGGCAGAGCCAGGUGGGCGGCUCAGCGGGCGAUGAAGGCGGAGGCCAAGGCUGAGAAGCAGAUGGCCAGCAACACUACGCCGUAUCGGGGUAGUGGUGGUGUAUCGCAAGCAAGCACAAGUAGCACAGUAGAUACCCAGAGUGGAGGGAACAAGUCAGACGGUGUGGAGACACUGCAGGGGUCCGGGCAGCGCGGUUCGAGGGAAGGAGGCGCCGAAGGAAAUGCAUCGGCCAUAGAUUCGAUUGCACCGGAAGUCGCACCCUCAAAGUUGGCCCAGGAUGAAGGGGUUAUUGCGAGUGAGGAAUAUGUAAGUGGGAAGGAGCGGAAUGAGCCGCUGCCAGGGGAUAGCUCUGUGUCCAGCCUGCGGUCGAUGGUGGCGUCGUUGCGUGUUGAGCAUGCCUCUCUGAAGAUCUUACACGAGCAGCGUGCGGCUGCUGCCGUGGCUGAAAGUAGUAAACCAGACCCAGUUCAACACAACGGUACAGUCCAGGCCAGGAACACUACGAGUUCAGAUUCCAGUAGUGGUAGUGGCGAGGAAUCGUAUUUGAGACGGAUAUUUCACCAUAUGAAGAAGAAGAUCACACACGUGAAGGAGAAGCGCCAGAGGGCGAAGGAGGCGAAGGUUAUUGAAAGGGUGAGUACUGUGGGGAAAAGCGGUCCUAGUUCGAAAGUCGGGAGCAAGGGUGGCAUGGUAGCGGAUGCUGGUGGUAGCUAAUGUGAGGGUGAGUGGAGAGGAACGGAUAGAAAAGUACACGAUGUCGAUGAUCACAGAGCACGGUAGGCUGCGGAGAUAGUGUGUGAAUGCAUAAGGCCCUCUGUGUAAUACGAUUGUUUUAGUGCAGAGUCGCACGUGCGGUAUAUUACACAGGACAGCGAAAUCCGCACAGUAAUGGCGAUGGGACUACAGUGCCGAGUGCGUCUAUCGGAUGGUGCGAUGCCGUGCCGAUGGCGGCAGUGCUAAGAUAUGCCAGAAGGCGGUAUAUUCUAACCCGUUGCCGUGUUUGCUAAUAGUAUGAGAAUACCAAUCCACACCUCCUGCUCUUCGUAUCAGUGUAAAGGCUAUUUGAGAGGAUGGGUAUCCUUGAAUUUACUACUGAUACUUUUGAUUGUAAUCUCACGCUCCGGAAGUGUGGUGCAAUUUGCUGAAAGUACAGAAAGCGCUCAAGGUGUUACAUACUUGCGCUUGUGAUGCAAUUCCGAUAAUAAAGUAAAAUAUAUUUAUUGUA